AGAAAAAAAAAAUUGAACUCAUGGAGAGAGAGAGUAGAAUGAUGGUUACCAGAGGCUCAGAAGAGUAGUGGAGAGUGGGACAGAGAAGUGGGGAUAGUUAAUAGGUGCAAAAAAAUAUAAAGAAUUCAUGAAUUUUAUAGCAUAACAGGUGACCAUAGUCAAUAAUUUAAAAAUACUUUAAAAAUAAUAAUUUUAAGUACUUUAAAAAUAACUAAAAGAGUAUAACUGAAUGUGACUAUUACAUACUGUAUACCUGUACCAAAAUAUCCCAUAUACCCCAUAAAUAUACACACCUACUAUGUAUCUACAAAAAUUAAAAAUAAAAUUUAAAUACUAAUUUUAACUGAUUAAUUGAAGACAUUAUUAAGCAAAACUGGUAUGUGGCAGUGAAGAAUGCGUUGAUUACUAAUUUGGUAUGGUACCACUCUUAAUUUGAGCUAAGACACUACAAGUUUUAUCCAUCACUAUUUUCUUCACAUUCAGUGCAAAUGUCAACACAAUGAAAAAGGUAAAUUACAUCUUAAUCUAACUAUGAAAAUAGUUUUGACUUUGCAGAUCCCUGAUAGAGUCCCAGAGAUACCCAGCAGUCCCAAGAUCACAUUUUGAAGAUCACUGCCCUAGAUAUCUCAGCUUUGAUGAAUCACCCAUGACCUUAAACUAGUAAGUCAAAAUCUCUUUAUACUUUGACAAAGCACCAUUAGAUGAUUCAUAGGUCCACCAAAGGUUGAUAAUCACUGGCCUAAAUGAUACAGUGAUAGGUAAAACUAGGGUGACAGCAGUGGGAAUAUAUAGUGGGGGAUAAUUACCAAGAAACUGUAUUCAGUAAGAACUAAAAGGCAUUGCAGAUUGAUAAAAUGUAAGAAUAUGAAGAAAAUUAAAGAGUCAAAAAUGUAAAUCUUGAUUACUGAAAAACUUACGUUACCAUUAAAAGAUUAAGAAGUCAGGAGGUAUCCAGCCUCUGCCAAAAGGAAACUUAGCAGCCAGCGCCUCAGUAGAAACCUAAGGGUGCUGAAUGAGUGGGAAAGGGAAAUGCCGACCAAUUGCAACGCGGCGGGCUGUGCCACUACCUACAACAAGCACAUUAACAUCAGCUUCCACAGGUUUCCUUUGGAUCCUAAAAAAAGAAAAGAAUGGGUUUGCCUGGUUAGGCGCAAAAAUUUUGUGCCAGGAAAACACACUUUUCUUUGUUCAAAGCACUUUGAAGCUUCCUGUUUUGACCUAACAGGACAAACUCGACGACUUAAAACGGAUGCUGUUCCAACCAUUUUUGAUUUUUGUACCCAUAUAAAGUCUAUGAAACUCAAGUCAAGGAAUCUUUUGAAGAAAAACAACAGUUGUUCUCCAGCUGGACCAUCUAAUUUAAAAUCAAACAUUAGUAGUCAGCAAGUACUACUUGAACACGGUUAUGCCUUUAGGAAUCCUAUGGAGGCAAAAAAGAGGAUAAUUAAACUGGAAAAAGAAAUAGCGAGCUUAAGAAGAAAAAUGAAAACCUGCCUACAAAAGGAACGCAGAGCUACUCGAAGAUGGAUCAAAGCCACGUGUUUGGUAAAGAAUUUAGAAGCAAAUAAUGUAUUACCUAAAGGUACAUCAGAACACAUUUUACCAACUGCCUUAAGAAGUCUUCCUUUGGAAGAUUUUAAGCUCCUUGAACAAGAUCAGCAAGAUAAAACACUGCCAAGUAUAAAUCUAAAACAGACCAAGAGUACCUUCAUUUAAGUUUAGUUUGCACAGAGCUUGAUAGCUAUCCUUCAUUCUCUUCAGAGGUAAAUUAUGGCACUUAUGCCAAAAUACAUUAUUUAAUAAAGUUUUACUUGAAGUAACAUCACUAUGUAAUUUGUGAAGACUUGAUGACAUAAGAACAAAAAACUUUUUAUGAAAAUUUUAUUUGAAAAUGAAUGGAAGUGCCUUACAUUAGAAUUAUGUACUUAAAAAUUUUCCUAGGAAAGUGUUUGUUUGAAAGGUG